CGACCCACAGUGUCAGUACUUGUUGAAAGCGCGCGGUGAGAGGACGCACUGGGCGCUCGCUCUCAGAGACUUGACAGCCUCUUCUUCGCCGUCGCAGCUUCUGGAGCAUUAAUACAUGAACUUUAGUCGUCCCUUCUUCGUCUCCGUGUGCGCGCUGGACUAGCAGUGGUGUCUUAUUGUGUGCCGAUGGUGAAGGUGUGAUAUACUGAACAGACCUAUUACGGUGCACCCUUCCUUGUGUGCAAGUGUCCAUAUCUCAGUGACAUAUUAGAUUAAAAGGAGAAGAAGCCUCUCGAAGUAAAAGAGGCAAAGGAUUCGAUGUGUGUGCACCAACUCCCGAUCGGAAAAUGACAUCAUCGCAGCCUGUGAAGAUGAGGAACAUGACUUCCAGGAUGAAGUUGGUGCUGGUGACAAUGAUGGUGAUGUAUGUGCGAGAGGCAGUGGCCUUUCCCGGCGACUUGCGACUCGUGAACAACGGCUACGAUGGGCUCACCGUGGCCAUCAGCGAAAACGUCCCCCACGACCACUGUAACCACGUCAUUCACGGCUUGAAGAGUGUGCUCACAGAAUUCUCGAACGUGCUGUGGACGACCACGGGCGGCCGGGCGUCGCUGAGGGAAGUGACCGUCGCGCUCCCCCGCUCCUGGAAGAUGGACGCUCUCACCUGCUCCCUGCUGUCCCCCCUCACGACGUCGGCGACCCCCAACCAGGCGCACAUCCGCGUCACGUCUCCCCACCCCGUUUUCGGAAAUCGCCCGUGGACGCAGCAAAGCCAGGGCUGCGGGCGGCAGGGCGACUACAUCCAGAUGGGCGGUGAUUUCCUUCGCGCGACGACCAACGACAGCUACGUGUACGCCGCCCGCCUGCUGGUGGCCGAGUGGGUGAAGUUCAGAUGGGGCGUGUUCGAGGAGCGUGGCUACAAGAACGACCCCUUGUAUCCCACGACAUUCCGUGACCCCAAGACAAACAGCCCGCGCCCCAACCGGUGCAGCACCCACAGCAUCACGCCCGCACCAUUCUGCUCCACGGCCGCCCACACCCCCGAAGCGCCCACCAAGCACAACGCGCAGUGCGGCGGGCGUGCAGCCUGGGACAUCAUCCUCCAGUCGCAGGAUUUCAUCGAAGGAAGGAACGAGCCGUCCAACGCCACCGCCCCGCUCCUGCCCUCGUUCAAGUUCGUGCAGGAGACCGCCCCUCGCAUCGUGCUGCUGGUGGAGGACACAGCUGCAAUGAACUUGCAGCGCCGCUGGGAGUUCGUCCGGAAAGCAGUGCGGCGUGUGGUCGUGUACGACGUGCCCGACGGCGCCUACGUCUCGCUCGUCGUGUUCAACUCGGUCGCCCAAACGGCGGCGCCUCUGCUCAAGAUGGACUCUCUCUCCGACGUCCGCCAGCGCGUGGGCUCGUCCCUGCCGCGCAACCCCUCCCGCGUCCCCGAGAGCCACAAGUGUGUGCUGUGCGCCCUCCAGGAGGCGCUGCGGGCCUUCUCCUCCGACCCUGCAGGUGCCGAGGGAGCCACCAUCAUCCUGGUGACCACGGGGAAGGGCGCGGCCCCCCAGAGCGACCUCAAUGAAAUGUCCCGCCUGGCCAACUCGAGAGGCGUGAGGAUCGACACCGUGCUGUACCCGAUGACUGAGCGGCGCGGAGGCCCGUCCGCCUCGCACGGCCUAGAGACCCUGGUGGCAGACACCCGCGGCUCCUCCUUCACCGUGAUGGACGAGGGCGUCGGCAACGACUCCAAGGUGAGCAUGAUGGUGGCGCUGAUGGACGCCCUGUUGGCAGCCGUGCGCCGCAGCGCUCCUCCCGCCGCGCCAGGCGCCCCCGUCAUCAUCCACAGCCGGCCAUACCCCGGCGGCAUUGCAUCCAUGGCCUCGGGCACCUUCACCCUGGACGAGUCCCUGGGGCCCAGCGCGCGCUUCUCCAUCUACUACUACGACCUGAACCACGUCGGCAACACUGUGAAGCUGACGACGCCUUCCGGUCAGACCAUCGCUUCCGUCAACAUGCAGGAGGAGGACGGCGACGCCAACGUCAUCUUCGUGAACAUCCCGAAGGCGGAACGCGGACUCUGGCACUACCAGGUGGAGAACCGCGCCGACUCGCACCAGGGGCUGCACAUCCAGGUGACGGGCACGGAGAGCGAGGAGCGCAAGAUCAGCCUGCGCCUGUGGACCAGCUUGCCGAAUACGCCCAUCAAUGCCACCGACCCUUCGGUGCCUGUCAUCAUCUACGCGGAGGUCAAGGACGACGAAGUGCCCAUCCUCAACGCGAAGGUCACGGCCAAACUGCAGCGUCUCGGCACCAACGCCACGGGAAGCAACUACGACCCGAUCUACGUGGACCUCUACGAUAAUGGAUUCGGAGACCCCGACAUCACGGGCGGCGACGGCGUCUACUCGCGCUACCUGCCGGCGCUGCAGGGCGGCCCCGGCCACUACGAGCUCAGCGUCAACGUCGACCAUAACAGCGGCCUCGCCCUCGCACCCAUCAACGACGCCUUCACGCGCCCGCUGCGCAUAUACUCGGACAAAGAGAAGCAGACGUGCUGCGGCAGCGUGAUCCGUUACGACCACGUGAAACCCGUGGCGCAGUUCCAGCGCUCGACGACUUACGGCGUGUUGGACGUUGUCUCGCGGCGCCCGCCCGUCGACCUCGUACCGCCAACGCGCAUCCUGGACCUCCGCACCUUCGUCAACCUCACCACCCGUGAGGUGUCGCUGCGCUGGACGGCCCCCGGCGACGACUACGACUGGGACCGCGCUCACCACUACGAGGCGAAACUGGCCAGCUCGUGGGCGGAGGCGAAGGCCUUCGAGGGCCAGCGGAUCUCCGGCAUGCCCGCACCCGUCAUGGUGGGCACGGAGCAGGCCGUGUCAAUCCAGGUGGACACCUACGACCAGCUGGUGUACGUGGUCAUCCGCGCCGUUGACGAGGCGGGUAACCGAGGCGGUGUGAGCAACAUCGCGGCCCUGUGGGUGCCGCAGCCGCCUACGACGCCGCCCAUAGUGACCAGCCCGCGCACACUGGCGCCCUCGAGCGACCCGAGCGAGCCUUUAGGGCGCGGCAUCACCCAGCCCGUGCGAGUGGCCGGCCUCAAUCUGGAGGACAUGGCCGUGAUCAUCGGCUCGGUGGGCGGCUUCCUGAUCAUCGUGGCCGUUCUGGCCACCUUCUGCUACUGUCACGUGGCCCGGCGACGGCGCCACCAGCACAAGAAAGACACCGAAAAGAUCGAGGCCAACAGGAAUGUCAUCAUUAAAACGAACUCGACGCUCAUGGUGGACCAGGACGAGAGCCAGGACUCGGUGGACAGCGCCGUCAAGGAGGAGGUGGUCACCACAAAGGACGGGCGUCCGCUGUCGCCCAUGCAGUCGUGGGGCGCGUCCAAGUUGCUGCAGGAGCACGAGCGACGCUUCUCCGUGACGAGCGGGCCCUUGGUGGAAGCCGCCGGCACGCUGGCGCACUACCAAAGCCUACAGGAGCAAUUCCCCGACGUGACCCUGACUGGCACUCACUCAUACCCCAGCUCGCAGACGCCCUCCACCACCCACUCUGACCCGCCCGCCUACCAGCCUCCCUACACCACCGUAGACGCAUACGCCGCCUACCCGUACCCCUACCACCCAGGCUACAGCCAUGAGGAGUUGCCCCCAUACACGCCCGGCCUGUCCUCCCAAUCGUCGCAGGCCUCGACGGCGUACACGCACGAAAUGGCCUCGCAGCCGUCCGAGCUGGCGUACCCGGUCGACGCGUCCGCCUUCCAGCCCGCUGACAUGCCGUCCUUCGUUGGAGAAAUCGCUUACACCCAAGCCCAGCCCCCGAUGUACGCCACCUACCCUGAGGACGCCCCCGUCACUACCCAGGCCCCCGUGCGAGCCAAGGUGCCCCCUCCAGUCGCCCCCAAACCCCCCCUCGCCGCCCGCGCCGCUGCCGUUACAACGGCGACCGCGUCCGUGGAGCCCAAGCGGCGCAACGUGACCCAGGUGUGAAGUGUGGGAAGUGAGGUCACUGACAACCCUUAAAUAAGAACGCUUUAAGUGUCGAUAUCAUUGUUGUCAUCUGCUUCUUCAACCCAGUCUCUUUUGUAUGGAGUUUUUCAAUGUAUGACAAGAAUUGUUGUAUAUGUAACAUAAGUGUUCAUGUAUGGAGAAUUGUAUGUCGUACAGAAUGUUGUUGGUUGUAAGCUUUGCUCACAUCUAGUCAUAAACGUAUAGAGUUUGUCCUCCUCGAGCCUCAAUAGAAAGAGCUGAGGACGCUUGAGAGACCCCUAAACAGCGAACACGUGGUCCCUGUCCCGCACCACUGUACUGUACUGAUCUCAAUAUAUCUUGUAUGUCUGUGAUAAAAUUCGUAAAAUAAAGACAAUCAUGAAU